AUGGCAACUUUGGCAGUUGGCACACCGGAAAUAAGCACUAGCACAGCUCAUAUGUUUCACAACCUGCAUAAAUUCAGCCAGCCAUCUUUUGUGGAAAAAUCAUUUGUUUCGUGUCGUCAGGGUACAUUUCUUAAUUGUAAUUAAUGUCAGAGCCACAGUCUUCGCUUUUAUUAAAAAAGCAAUUAGCAGAACUGAACAAAAAUCCAGUGGAAGGUUUUUCUGCUGGGUUGAUAGACGACAAUGAUAUUUACAGAUGGGAGGUACUCAUUAUUGGUCCUCCAGAUACAUUAUAUGAGGGUGGGUUCUUCAAAGCACAUUUACAUUUUCCAAAAGAGUAUCCUUUGAGACCACCUAGGAUGAAAUUUGUUACUGAAAUAUGGCAUCCAAACAUUGAAAAGAAUGGAGAUGUCUGCAUAUCAAUAUUGCAUGAGCCAGGUGAUGACAAAUGGGGCUAUGAGAAAGCCUCUGAGAGAUGGCUACCAGUGCAUACAGUUGAAACAAUCCUCAUUAGUGUUAUUUCCAUGUUGGCAGACCCAAAUGAUGAAAGUCCUGCUAAUGUUGAUGCUGCAAAAGAAUGGAGAGAGAGGUAUUCGGAUUUCAAAAAGAAAGUUGCCAGAUGUGUUAGGAAAAGUCAAGAAGAUUGUUUUUAGGAUUGAGAAAAAAUUAACAACAGAUAGUCAUGUUGGAAAAGGGCCACAUGACGCAGGCCACAAACAUUCAAUUGACACUUUAUGAUUUAACAUUAGGUUGCACACACCUAGCGCCAAAGCAAACUGAAUAUUAGUAGCAGUGUGCUCAUUCUAUUUCUUUUUACAGAAAGAAUGGAGAGAAUCAUAUUCGGAGUUUAAAAGAAAAGUAGCACAGUGUGUGAGAAAGAGCCAAGAGGAUUGUUCUUAAAUAACAGUGCCCUUUUUAUUUAUUUAUUUGGAUAGUGAGUGUUUGGUGGUAAAGUUAGAAAUGUCUUUGCAUGUUGCGAAGCCUCACCACGACUCAGUGUAUGCCCCACCACCUGGGCCAGAGACAAUAUUGAAAUUGAUUUAAAAUAAUUAUUGUAAUACAAUGGUAUCGCUGCCGUAUUUUAUAAAUAAUAAAUUAAAGGUAGAACUUGAGGUCUUUUUCAUCUUUUUUAAGACAUGUUAGCUAGCUAUUGUUAUAAUAAU